GGGGGACUGGUGCUAGGGAGAAGUCUCUGCAUGCCAGGAUCACAGGCAAUGCUCGGAAAAUAUGUCUCCUCUCACUCUCCUCCUCCUCCUCCCACCCCUGGCGGCUCCUGACUGCCUUUCAGGAGAGGAUGAGACAGCUGGCCCAGCCCCCAAGAGUUGGGCCCCUGGCUGGGCAGAAUGAGGCAGCCAGGAGGUUCUGAUUAAAGGGACAAAAGCAGAAGCGAUGGGACGAUCCCCACACUUCCUCUCCACCUGCCAUGGCUGUCGCGGCAGCUGCCUGAACUCAGCUGUCAAAGGCCAUGUGGGACAACAGAGGAGCCGCGGAACACCUCAUCAGGUUGGGGUGGAAAUUCUGGCGUUUGGGGAUCUACAAGGCGCUUGUCCCGCUGCAGACUGCCUGGAAUGCCUUCUCGCAGCCCCUCCCAACCAGCUGCAGUGAACUUCUGACACAACUGCUCCUGUGUGCUUCCCUGACCGGCAUCAUCGCAGGCCUGCUUCAUCACUGGCUGGUCUCUUCACAGCUUUAUCCUCAGGGCCCCCCUGCCCUGGUGACCACUGUCUGUGGGCUCCUGGUCUUCCUGAGCCUGAGCCUGGUGCCCCCUAUCCGCUGCCUAUUUGCGCUCAGUGUGCCUACCCUGGGCUCCGAGCAGGGCCGCCGGCUACUCCUGUCCUACAGUGUAGCCAACCUGGCUGUUGCCGUGGUGCCCAAUGUGUUAGCCAACCUGGGUGCAGCUGGACAAGUACUGAGCUGUGUUACUGAGGGCUCGUUGGAGAGUCUGCUUAAUACCACUUACCAGCUGGGCCUGGCAUCCCAGGCGCUGGGCCCAGCGAGCCAAGCAGGCAGUCGGAGCCUGGCGUUUGAGGCACAGGGCAACAGCUCAGCCUUCCGCCUUCACAUGCAUAUGGCCGCUCAGCAGAUCCUGGAGGACUUCUCUAGCCUGGAGUUCCUGACCCAAGCAGCACUGGGGACUCAGCGGGUGGUCACCGGGUUGUUUAUGCUGGGCCUCCUGGGCGAGUCCGCCUGGUACCUUCACCGCUACCUCACUGACCUGCGCUUCGACAAUAUCUAUGCCACCCGGCAGCUGGUUCGGCAGCUGACCCAGGCUGAUGCCACACAUCUGCUGGCCUCUCCACCUCCCUGGCUGCUCCACGCAGCCCAGCCAAAGCUGUCGCAUGAGGAAUUGCUGAGCUGUCUUCUCAGGCUGGGGCUACUGGCACUGCUUCUAGUCGCUACAGCUGUGACAGCAGCCACAGACUAUGGGGCCUUCCUCUUGGCACAGGCAGCUGUGACCUGGGCUCAGAAGUUGCCCACUGUCCCCGUCACUCUCACGGUCAAGUAUGACGCCUCAUAUAAACUCCUAGGCUUCAUCCUCUUCGUCCUCAACCAGCCUCCGGUGGAGAGCAAGUUUGCCUCGGCACAACGCUCCUUCCAGUGGGAGCUAUACUCUAUACCCCACGACUGCCGCCUACCUCAGGCUCAACCGCCCCAAGUCAGAGCCGCGCUGACCGCGGGCACCCUGCAGCUGCUAGCGGGUGCCACCUUAGUGCUGCAGGCCUACGCUUGGCGCCUGCGGCAUGCCAUCGCUGCUUCCUUCUUCCCUGUCCAGGAAGCCAGGAGAGUUAGCCACUUGCAGGGCCGGCUCCAGAGGAGACAAGAUCGGAGUGACCACCUAGACAAACAGGCCUGCACCACGGGCACCUGGGGACCCAGGAAGCCCAGGCAGGGGUCAAGAGCUCCAGAGUCACAGGGGCUUAAGUCGCUUGACUCCUCUUUGGUCUCCAUUUGACCUUGGGUAGAACAUUGCCCUUCUCGGAACCUCGGUUUCCUUAUCUACAUAAUGAUGAUGCAAUCUGCUUUUUCACGUGACGUGUGCACAAAACCAUACCAAGUGGAAGGCCUAGAUGAGCCAGCAAGGUACAGUUACAGUCAAGGUCUUGAAAGUUUGGCGAAGGGGGGAAUCAGGAUAGUCCAGUUCCUUCCUCUCCAGGGAGAUUACCCUGAUAACAUCCACGUGGAGAUUCUGCCUGUGGGUUCACCUCAGCACUCCCCUGACUUAGGAGCCUCUAAUCCUCAGAAUGUACAA